AUGACUGGGCCGGCAUCGCCAAGCACAGAAGGCCCGACCUUUGCGCCGCCCUCGCUGCCACCCGGCUGGAUCGCUCAGUGGGAUUCCUCCAGCAAAAAGUACUACUACGUCCAGCUCGCUACCGGCGUCUCCCAGUGGGAGAUUCCCACCGAAGCCGCCAAAACCGGCAGCACGCCCGCGCAGCACGAGGAUCACCCCUACGGCGUCCCGCCACCCGAGAUUAUCACGCACCCGGACGGCUCCCAGACGGUCAAGCACGCCGACGGGCGCAUGGAACCCAUCAUGGCCGACGGUAGCAGAGGUAUUGGCGACGGUCCUUCGGGAGACCGUGGCUUCGGCUCCAUCGCGAUGAAUGCUCUUCUCGGCGGCAAACAAAGCAGCGGUGGUGGCGGCAGCUCGGCCCUCGGCAGCCUCGCGAACCAAUUCCUCGGCGGAAGCAGCGGCGGUGGCGGCAAGAACUCGUCCGGCAUAGGUGGCAAGCUCGUCGGCCAGCUCGCGUCCAACCUCUUCUCGCCCUCAGACAAGCCCGAGGCGCCGUCAAACUACCACGGCGGCCAAACCCAGAACGCGUCGACCCACCAACAGGGUGGCCUCGCCGGUGCCGUCAUGGGCGGCGUGGCUAGCAUGUUUGGCGGCCAGCAGGGCUCCAGCAACCAGAACUUUGGAUACUCCAACACCGGCACCGGAGGCACCUACUCCUCCAGCAGCCCCGCGCCGACCUACACCCCGCCCGGCUCGAACCACAGCGUCCCCAGCAAUACCAACCACGGCUCGGGCGGCGGCUCUAACCACGGCAGCCAGACGACACACGGGAGCGCCUCCCAGAGCCAGUCCUUCUCGGAGAAGCCGUCACACCAGUCAAGCCAGUACAGCGACAACAGCUACUCGCAGCAGCCGCCCUCCAGCUACGGCAACCAGUCGCAUCAUAGCAGCCAGCACAGCUACGGCGGUGGCGGCGGCGACCAGUCCAACUAUUCGAGCAAACCGAGCUAUAACCAGUCGCCCUCGCACGGUGGCGACCACUCAAACUACCCGAGCCAGGCAGGCUACAACCAGCCGUCUCACGGCAGCCAAGGACACAACUACAGCGGCUCCCACGGGGGUCAGCACCAAGGGGGGCAGCAGUACGGCGGCGGUCAGCAACACGGUGGCGGAUAUCACUCCAAUAACCAGUACGGCAGCGGCCAGGGCCAGUACGGCGGUGGUGGCAACGGUGGUUAUCAAGGCCAAGGCCAGGGUUACGGCGGCAGCCGUUACUAG